UCAAUAAUCAAAGUUCCUCCCUGGCUUGUAAUCAAAACCCGCAAACCGUUUUCCUCUGCCAAAACCCCUACUCUCAAUUUCUCUUUCUGCUUCAAUCAACUCCGUUUCUUCGAUCCCUCGAUCAAUCAAUACUUAUUCAAAUUUAGUAAUCAUGUCUUUGAGGCCAAGCGCGAGGACCGAGGUCCGCAGGAAUAGAUACAAGGUCGCCGUUGAUGCUGAGGAAGGUCGCCGGAGGCGAGAAGACAACAUGGUGGAGAUCCGGAAGAAUCGUCGGGAGGAGAGCCUGCAGAAGAAGCGCCGUGAGGGACUACAAGCCCAGCCUAUGCCAGCUUCGAUUCACUCCUCUGCUGUCGAGAAGAAGUUGGAGCAUCUGCCAUCAAUGGUUGCUGGUGUUUGGUCUGAUGAUGGUAAUUUACAGCUUGAGGCAACCACACAAUUCAGGAAAUUGCUCUCCAUUGAGCGUAGCCCUCCAAUUGAGGAAGUCAUACAGGCUGGUGUUGUUCCCCGCUUUGUCGACUUUCUUAUGAGGGAGGACUUUCCUCAGCUUCAGUUUGAAGCAGCUUGGGCUCUCACAAAUAUUGCUUCUGGGACAUCUGAGAAUACUAGGGUGGUAAUUGAUCAUGGAGCUGUCCCCAUUUUUGUGAAGCUUCUUGGUUCUCCAAGUGAUGAUGUUCGUGAACAGGCUGUGUGGGCAUUGGGUAAUGUUGCUGGUGAUUCUCCUAAAUGUCGUGAUCUUGUUCUUGGCCAUGGAGCUUUGAUUCCUUUGCUGGCACAGUUGAAUGAGCAUGCUAAACUGUCUAUGCUAAGGAAUGCCACAUGGACGCUCUCGAACUUUUGCAGAGGCAAGCCACAGCCACCUUUUGACCAGGUUAAGCCUGCUCUUCCUGCUCUUGCACGUUUAAUUCAUUCUAAUGAUGAGGAAGUCUUGACUGAUGCAUGUUGGGCACUCUCUUAUCUUUCUGAUGGUACCAACGACAAAAUUCAAGCUGUUAUUGAAGCCGGAGUAUGCCCUCGGCUAGUUGAGCUUUUACUGCACCCAUCUCCCUCGGUUCUCAUUCCUGCACUUCGCACUGUUGGCAAUAUUGUCACUGGUGAUGAUAUGCAGACCCAGUGUAUCAUCAAUCAUCAAGCACUGCCUUGCCUUCUGAAUUUGUUGACGAAUAACUAUAAAAAGAGUAUCAAGAAGGAAGCUUGUUGGACCAUAUCUAAUAUAACUGCUGGAAACAAAGAGCAGAUUCAGGCUGUUAUUGAGGCUAAUAUCAUUGGGCCAUUAGUUCAUCUACUUCAAAAUGCUGAGUUUGACAUUAAGAAAGAGGCUGCAUGGGCAAUCUCAAAUGCUACAUCUGGUGGUUCUCAUGAGCAAAUCAAGUACCUUGUUAGCCAAGGUUGUAUUAAGCCCUUAUGUGACCUUCUCAUAUGCCCUGAUCCAAGGAUCGUGACAGUCUGUUUAGAAGGUCUUGAGAACAUCUUGAAGGUAGGAGAAGCAGACAGGAAUAUGGGCAACACUGGAGGUGUAAAUCAAUAUGCACAAAUGAUUGAUGAUGCUGAGGGGUUGGAGAAAAUUGAAAAUCUACAGUCUCAUGACAACACCGAGAUUUAUGAGAAGGCUGUGAAGAUCCUUGAGACAUAUUGGCUGGAGGAGGAUGAUGAAACAAUGCCACCAGGAGAUGCUUCCCAAUCUGGGUUCCAAUUUGGAGGGAGUGAGAUGCCUUCUGUUCCAUCUGGUGGAUUUAAUUUCAGCUAGACACAAUUUAUUGCCUGCAGGAGUUGUCACUGGUUCAAUAUUGAAGUCGUGAAAUGUGGUGAGACAGCUGUCAGCUUCAGGUCGGGUGUCUUGGUGUCAUGUUUGGGUCUACUGGUUUCGUCUUUGGUGUGGUUGAAAGGCUACUGGACGGUUUGGGGUUUUCAGCAUGGCGAGAUUAUAUUUUGGUGUGGGAAGACAGUGAAUUGGGUCACAUGAUGAACAUGGGUUUUCACUACUAUAAUCUGAAAAAACGGUGCUCAUUUUUGAUGGGGUGGGUUGUUCUUGGAGGUUGGGCUCUCAGAACAAAAAUGGAGUCUUUUUGAAUGUCUCUUGUCAUAGUUUGUUUUAGUUGUGUCUCUGCCGUUUCCACGGUAUGUCGAUUUUGGCACUCCCAGAAUCUAUGUAGGGGCGUGCUUGUAUUUAUCUGGAAUAUUGGAAAAUUAUAAAAUUAUAUAAUUUACAUAUUUUGAGUCGGUUGCAGUGAA